AGUUUUCUGUAAUGGGUAGGUUUAUGGUGUUGGUUAGUGUUAGGUUAUAAAAUGUAUAUCUUUCUUUAUAUAAAAACAAUAGAAGUCUGCAAUGUUCCCAUUUAGUAAACGUGUGUGUGUGCGUGUAGAUGAUAGUGUUGGUGUAUCGCGCCUUCACUGCCGACCCCAGUCAUGAGACGCUGCUCAGUAAACCGCUCAACAGGUGGAGCAUUAAUGAUGUCACGCUGUGGGUGGAGCAUCUGGGUGUCUGGACCAAUCAGUAUAAAGAAACAUUCAGCCGGGAGCAGAUCGACGGCAGAUCACUGUCUGCUCUCAGCGAUGAAGAUCUGUCUGCGGCUCCGUUCAUGAUUGAGAAUCAGUCUCACAGACGGAUCAUUCUGGAGGAGCUGCACAGACUUAAAGAGACCGGAGUCACACGACCACAGACGCUCUGGGAGUACAAGGAGGUGAAUCCAGGGAUGACUUUGUUUCUGCUGAUCAGUCUGAGGAACUUCCCGCGUCUGACACUGCUCUACCUCUACCUGUUUGAUUAUGAUGUCACCUUUCUGCCCUUCAUUCAAACUGUCUGUCCAUCCAAUAAGCCACAGCAGGAUAGGCCGGGCUGGAAGCAGUGGGCGGAGUUUCUGCUGAUGUACUUCCUGUUGCCCUAUCAGCUGCUGACUGCAUUCUUCUGGCACUGGCUGAGUGUACAUUACUGGACAGCAGGCAUCGCCAUCAUUCACAGCAUGUUACUGACGGUGCUGGACAUCAAAAUCUAUUGGACAGUGUGGAGGAGGGGAGAGAUGAGGACACUCCCUAAGAUGCUUUGGAUUCAGGUGGUAGCAGUGGUGUUAAGCUUGUCUCUAUAUGUGCUGCUGUGGCCGCUGCUCCCUCUGUUCAUUAUUAACAUUGAGAUCUACAGCCAGCUGUACUUCGCCAUCUUCUUCACUGCAGCGCUGGUGAAACAAACACUCCUGCAGACAGAAAGACCACAGAGGCCCUGACACACACACACACUCAUGCAUAUUCAAUUCAACAGUGUAUAGAUUUGAUCAGAUCAUUCCCUGUAAAUCAAACCUAUAAUGUGCUUGCACUUCUAGAGCCAUGACCUACUGUUAAAAUCACCUUUCUGCCUUCAUGUUGUAUUCAGUUCUAUAGUAUUGUCGGUUAACACUUUACAAUAAGGUUCAGUAGUUAACAUUAAUUAAUUACAUUAGUUAACAUGAACUAAUAAUGAACUGCACUUAUACAGCAUUUAUUAAUCUUUGUUAAUUUCAACAUUUACUAUUACAUUAUUAAAAUCUUGUUACCAUUAGUUAAUGCACUGUGAACUGACAUGAAUAAACAAUGAACAACUGUAUUUUAAUUAACUAAUGUUAACCAAGAUUAGUAAAUACAGUAACAAAUGUAUUGCUCAUGGUUAGUUCAUGUUAUUUAAUAAAUUAACUGUUUAUCUAAUGAAAA